AUGGCCAUCCUUGACGAAUACAAACCCCCACCGCUCCCCGCGCCCUUCACCAACACCAAUCCCCCACCAACCCUUCUCACCCAAGGUGCCGAAGCACACCUCUACAAAACCACCUCCCUCGACCCAUCUACGCCCGCGGCCCUCAAAAUCCGCCCCACAAAACCCUACCGUCAUCCAAUCCUCGACCGCCGGCUCACACGCAGCCGCAUCGUGCAAGAAGCGCGAUGCCUCGUGAAACUCGUCAAAGAGGGCGUCAGCGUGCCUGCGGUUCUGGCCCUGGACUGUGAGGGACAAGGCGGCGAGGAGACCUCGUGGGGAGGGGCUUGGCUGCUUAUGGAGUGGAUUGAGGGACCUGUUGUGCGCGUUGUACUGGAGCAGUGGGAGGCGUGGAUGAAGACCCAAAUCCACAUGGAGGAGACGAUGCGGAUAUCGGAGGAGAAUCGGGUGCGUGGGCUAAUGAGACGGAUGGGGGAGACGAUUGGCGCUUUGCAUAAGGCCGGUGUUGUGCAUGGGGAUUUGACAACCAGCAAUCUCAUGCUGCAGCCAUUUGAGGGGGAAUCAGAGGCAAAUGAUUCGGUGUCGAUGGAGGGAAAGAUCGUCCUCAUUGAUUUCGGGCUGGCAUCGCAGAGUACCCAGGACGAGGACCGCGCUGUGGAUCUGUAUGUCAUGGAACGCGCGAUCGGGAGCACCCAUCCGCGGACGGAGCCGUUGUUCGAUUCCCUUCUACAGGGAUACCGGGAGAGCUACAAGGGUGCUGUCUCAGCGCUGAAGAGGCUGGAGGAGGUGCGAUUGAGAGGUCGCAAGAGGAGCAUGCUUGGAUAA